AUGGAAGAUAGCCCAGUGGCGCCUUUGGCUCAGAGUGAGCAGAGAAAUACGGAUGCACGGAAGCGUAUCCACACUCCUGAGAAAAAGCCUGGGAAUAAAAGACGCAAUACUGGUCACAAGAAACAGGAUAAGAAAGAUGGCCCAGACAGUUCUGCGUCAUCGCCUAUACCUUGGACCGAGGCUCUGCAAGAUCUUGAAAGAGUUCAUCGAGCAUUGAAUCUGGUUUACACGUUCUGCUCUUCGCGCAAACAUGUGAUAACAACAUUUGAUACUCUCCGACCAGCCGUUGAAUCGCACAUUAAAAGAGCAUUAAGAAUCCAGGAUGUCGCACAAAUGGUUGCUCUCCGCCCAGAAGCCAUGAAGUUUGAAUACACCAAUGAGCUUAUGCUACAGCUCAACACUAGAGGCGCGCAGAGGGACGAUAUCUUCAAAGCUUCUCAGGGUGAUGGGGCCGAUGACCAGACCGCAAUGAGUGGGCGUGAAGUAUUAUACCUAGAAUUCAUCGAUGGUGAUUUGAAGCGACAAGUGCUGGAUAGAGAAACAGGCGAACCGACGCGACCAACCCAAAAGCUAAGGAAAGAAAAGCUGAAAAUGCCCGUGUACGGCCAAAAACAAAUGAUGCAGCUCAUAGAACGACGUAACCAGAAAUUUGCUAUUGCUAUCAACGACUUCCUCAAGAAAUGUACAAAUGAUGGCGAGGAUCCGGAAAAAGCACUCCAUGAAAGAGCCGAACAUUAUAUACCCAAAUUGACGCCAAAAGAGCCUCGGUCAACCAAUCGUACAGCGAGUACUAUCCCCGAUUCCAUUCCUCAUGAACGACAGAGUAUUUCAGAAAUACUGCUUCAACUCAAAGAGAGUGAGUGGUAUUCCGGCCAAAUUGUACCCGAUGGCCACAGAGUAUUCGAACCACAGAGUCCCAAGUAUGGAGGUCUCAAGUUUCUGUUAUCUCAAGAGUUAGUGAAUGCUCUCUAUAAUGCUAAACAUAUAACCCAGUUCUACACCCAUCAAGCUGAGGCUUUGAAUGGGCUAUAUGAAGGGAAAAAUAUCGUCAUAUCGACUUCUACCAGCUCUGGAAAAUCGUUAAUCUAUCAGUUGCCAGUCCUGCAUGCUUUGGAACGGGAUACAAACUCAAGAGCUUUGUAUAUAUUCCCUACCAAAGCACUGGCCCAGGAUCAGAAACGCAGCCUCAAGGACAUCCUGGCAUUCAUGCCAAGCCUCAAUCAGGUUUUAGUGGAAACCUUUGAUGGAGAUACUCCUAUGAAUCUUCGAGAUGUUGUUCGAGAAGAGGCGAGAAUCAUUUUUACAAAUCCCGACAUGCUUCACCUCACAAUUCUCCCCCAGGAACAAAGAUGGAGAACAUUUUUGAAGAACCUGAAAUUUGUGGUUGUUGACGAACUGCAUUAUUACAAUGGCCAGCUGGGAUCUCAUGUUGCCUUUAUAAUGCGGAGGUUACGACGCAUAUGCGCAGCGGUGGGAAACCGGCAUGUUCAAUUCAUUUCCUGCUCUGCCACAGUAGCCAAUCCGGAAGAGCAUUUCAAGUUGAUAUUUGGAGUGUCUAAUGUCUGUUUAAUCGACUACGACGGAUCACCAUCAGGAAGAAAGGAAUUUCUAUGCUGGAAUACCCCUUUUAAAGAACCAGGAGAUCCUACCAGUGGACGUGGUAACACCAAAUUCGAAUGCGCUCGUCUAUUUUGCGCUCUUCUGCUGAGGGGCGUCAGAAUCAUUGCUUUUUGCAGAGUUCGUGCGCAAUGCGAGGCAUUGACUAACGCGAUAAAACAAGAGCUGCGCGAACUUGGUCGUCCGGAAUGUAGCAAUUUGGUAAUGGGCUAUCGAGGCGGCUAUACGGCUCGAGACCGACGAAAAAUCGAGGCAGAAAUGUUUGAAGGGAAAUUACUGGGUAUAGUGGCAACUACGGCACUUGAACUGGGCAUUGAUAUCGGCACACUGGAUUGCGUUCUCACUUGGGGCUUCCCCUAUACUAUUGCUAAUUUACGACAGCAGAGUGGCAGAGCUGGAAGGCGAACCAAGGACUCGCUGUCUAUCCUAGUAGGCGACAGUUUUCCAACUGACCAGCACUACAUGAACAAUCCUGAUGAGCUUUUCUCGAAGCCAAAUUGUGAGUUACGUGUGGACUUGGACGAUAUACUUAUUCGGGAAGGGCAUAUCCAAUGCGCAGCCUACGAGAUGCCCAUUCGGCAAGAUGAGGAUAUGCAGUUUUUUGGCCAGGACUUGCCUCAGAUCUGUCAGGGGCGAUUGGUGAAAGACGAAUUGGGUUUCUUUCACUGUCACGACCGCUUUCGUCCCCACCCAGCUAAAUAUGUUGCCAUUCGUGAUGCAGAGGACGAGCACUUUGCUGUCAUCGAUAUUACAAAUGGGAGGAACGAAGUCUUGGAAGAACUAGAAGCAUCGAGGGCGACUUUUACCAUAUAUGAUGGCGCCAUAUUCCUCCACCAGGGUAACACAUAUCUUAUCCGAGAUUUUUUACCUGAAAAAGGCAUGGCUAAGGUUGAGAGGGUCAAUGUUGAGUGGAGUACCAUGGCGCGAGACUUUACUGAUAUUGACCCUGUGGAAAUUGAGGCCAUUCGCACAAUACCUAGGUCCUCUUGCCACGCCUACUAUGGAAGUAUAAAGAUCCAGCAAAAUGUGUUUGGAUUCUUCAAGGUCGACAAAAGAGGGCGGAUCAUAGACGCAGUGCAGGUAGACAAUCCUCCUGUUAUACGGCAUAGCAAGGGAAUGUGGCUGGACAUACCGCGACAAGUACUUGAGUUACUACAAGAUAGACAGCUCAAUGCUGCGGCAUCCAUACAUGCGGCAGAACAUGUAAUCAUGAGUUUGUUGCCAGCGUUCGUCAUCAGUUUACCUGGGGACGUACGAACAGAGUGCAAAGUGGCUCUUAAAGAAUUCGCCAAGAAGGAAACAAAAAGAAAGCGACCGGCCCGGUUAACCUUUUACGAUGCCAAAGGGGGUGCCAAUGGAUCCGGCGUCAGCACAAAAGCUUUCGACCAUAUUGAUCAUCUUCUAGAACGUGCGUUGAAAAGAGUCGAAGAAUGCUGUUGCCAACAAGGUUGUGUUGAGUGUGUGGCUUCCGAGAUAUGCAAGGAAUCCAACGAAGUUAUAAGCAAGGCAGGAUGCCUUGUCAUUCUUAGAAGCCUGCUGGGGGUCGAGGUUGGAACAGACAACUUACAGCCGGGGCCGGAAGAGUUGAGUUCUCUGGGAAUUGAGACUAUAACUUUCGCAACACCAAUCCCAAUGAAGAGAACAUAG